AUGGACACCGACAUACUUGAUAAUAUUCUCUCCCUGGAAGAACAAUUCUAUAAAGAAGGCUACGACCUCGGUGUCAUCGAUGGUGCUCGUGCAGGAUACACAGAAGGAAGCGUCUUCGCCGUUGAAAAAUCAUUCGAGAACUCAUCAACAACUACCGAGGGCAUGAACGAAGAUAUACCCUCAAAGGAUGAAGAUGAAAACGCAAUCAACACCGAUAUAUGCAACUCAAUGCCCGCAUUGCAUCCCGGCUCAAGACUAGCAAAGAACAUCCAAACACUACUCGGCUUAGUCGACCCUGCUACACUGGUUUUACAGAAUACUGAAGAUGCGGUUUCGGAGAUUGAGGAGAGGCUCAAGGGUGCUUUGGUGAAGGUUAAGUUGAUUCAGAGGGCUUUGGGGGAGUCAACUAAUGUUUUUGUGGAGGAAGGUGGUGUUGGAGCUGGGGAUGGGUCGGGGAGUAUUGAGGAUAUUAGCUCUUUGCGUGUGAGGCAUUGA